UUGUUUUUUACAUCGCGGCUUCCAAGGCAUUGUCCUCCUACACGAAACUAGCUUACGAUUGUCGCGAGUAGGCGAGUCGUUUGAUGAUUUUUAGAGCCUUCGAAUCUCGAAUUCGAUGGUAAUUUUGUGAAACUACAUUGGAGUACGCGAGGCUCCAACUUAGAGCCAUAUUCGAUGCGCUGCUGCAGCGAGCCAUGCAGCGUUUCAUCUGUUUCUCGGUUUGUUUCUACGAUAGCUGCGCUCCUUUUUUGUUCCAAAGUGUCUUGAAUCAAGUUAUUUUCACCCGACUCCGAAUGGUUUUAUGUAAUUCGAUAUUUGCUAGGCUUUAUCUACGCACGGCUACGCUCCUCCUUUCCAUUCUUAAUCUAUAUUUAUCUUUAGCUAAUUCGAGCAAUAACUAAAAUUCGAACCAAUGCAGUAGUUAUCGAUAAGUUACUACUUUAUGUUGAGAGUUGUUGAAUACGGACUCACUGCUAUGCAUUCGCUGAAUGCACACUCAUCAGUAAAGUUUGUGUGACACUGGAAAUCUACAGUAAUUAUGCAGAUACAUACUCAGCGAUCCUGAUAUAAAAAGCAAAAAGAAAGAAUUUUCAAUUUGAAAUAUCUUUCUGCUUUGAAGAAGCAAUUCAAGAACUGUAUUUGGGCAACUGCAAUCUAAAAGAAUCUGUGCAAUGGCUGAAACACAGCGCAAGUCCACCUAUGGAGCACAUCCUCCUUGUGCUAAAUCUUCUCGCCUUGAUGACAGGCGUUCCAAAAAACUUGCAAUGCUUUUGGAAAAAAAUAGAAAAUCAGAGAAGCCAGAUGAUUUUGUAUGCUAUGAAUCAAGUGACGAUGAGGAAGAUACAGAGAUGGAUUCCUACCAAUACUUGAAAACUUCGUUUAAUUUUGUUGAUUAUGUAAGAUCUCGAGAAAGUAAUGCAAAUGAAAUUCGAAAAGUGAAUAAGGAAUUUGGUUCUCGACACAUAUUAAGCCAUGAUCUCUUUAAAGAAUAUUCAAUAAGUUUAAAUAAUAUGAACAAAGUUUUUUGUUCUCAAUGGCUUAGUGACAGACAAGUUGUUUUUGGUACUAAAUGCAAUAAGUUGAUGGUCUAUGAUGUAGCAACGCAAAAAUUGGAUCAAAUACCAUCUCUUAGCGGUAGAAAUAAUUCUACAAGUGGAAUGGGUAAUGUACAAGAUCAACAGUGUGGUAUACACUCUGUACAAAUUAACCCAUCUAGAACCCUCUUAGCUACUGGUGGACGAAAUAGUAAUGAAGUAGCUGUUUAUAGAUUACCAACAUUGGAUCCUGUGUGUAUCGGGGAAUCUGCCCAUCGUGACUGGGUGUACGAUAUGUGUUGGUUAGAUGACGAGUUCUUAGUUUCAGGUUCUAAAGACACAAAAAUGGCUUUGUGGCAAAUUGAUCAAGAAGUAUCAGCUGCUUCAGAAAAAGCUGAUGUUCCAUCACAUAGAUUGAUUCAACCUAUAUGCAUUAAAGAAUGUAAAUCAGCACAAAAAGUACGAUCAUUACUUUUUAACAAAGCCUACAAAGAAAUUGCAGUUUUGUCUAUGAACAGUUACAUUCAUAUCUGGUCAGCAGAAUCAUUCAGGCAAAAAAUUUCAAGAAAGUUACCUGCUUGUCAAGAUAAUGUUUGCUUGGCUGUGCACGAAGAGGGCUUGUAUGCAGUGGGUUGCCGUUCUUACACACUUUUACUUGAUGCAAGAACAUUGCAACCUAUAAAAAAAGUACCUUCGAGGUAUAGCGGGUGUGGUAUUAGAUCAGCUAGUUUCCAAGGCUCUGUUUUAACAAUUGGCACCGGUCUUGGAAUGUUGAUGUUUUACGAUAUUCGGGCACAAAAGUAUCUUGAAUCAUCUAUUAAUUCAAAUAGGACCGUGAUGUUGAAGGCUUCCAAGGGUUACGUGUUUCCAGAUGAAGAUUACAUUGAUGGAUUCCAUAAUGUAAAAUACACUCCUGCCAUUUACACGCAUUGCUACGAUGCAUCAGGAACGCGUCUUUUCUGCGCGGGCGGCCCUCUUCCAACAAAUUUAUAUGGAAACUAUGCAGGACUGUGGCAAUAAGUAUAUUGUAAACCUUAUACAAUUAAAUAAUAAGAUCCAUCACCUCAGUUCUAUAUUUUGAUAUGCAUUUAUCAACAAAUUAGGCUUUUCAAAAUGAUUGUAAAAAUUAGUUAUCCGUUUAAAUUCUAAAUUCAUAAUUUUGUGCAUUCGCCGCCAUUGAUUUAUACAGAAAAUGUUAAAUGCCAUAAUCUUUUAAUUUUUGAAAGAAAAGCUCAAAUUAUUUUAGAAUGAAAAUCGGAUCUAAAAUCUGAUAAUAAUUAAUUUUCAUUGUCAAAACUUGAAUCAUUAGAUAGUUAGAGUACAUAAAUUGUGUUUAACGGAACUAAACCGAAAAAGUAUCAGGUAGCGUGUAAUCCACGUACAGAACAAAUCCGAGGUUGGCGAAUAUGUGCACUGUUGUGUGUAUUUUUUGUAGCCUAGAUAAGUUUACUAUAUUUCGUUGAGUAGUUUAAAAAGUACCCUUCAUUUAUGGUAAGCUUUGAAAAAAUUAACAUCGGAGCUACAAUCAUAAAAAUUGUUUUAUGAAAUUGACUGUAAGACUUUAAAAGAACAGUGGAAAACUUUUAGUUUAAGUACCAUUGUAUGUCUAUGUGCAUAAUCUAAACGUUAGGUUAAUUUGUACUAUUAUAUUUUAAUUCGUUAAAAUUUUCAUAUAAAGUACUAGGGAAUUCUUAUUUAGAGUGUACUAAAUAAUUGAGUAAUAUAGUGUAUCCAUAGUCAAAAUAAAUUCACCAGAAGACUUGAAAGACCACACGCCAUCAACUUUGAGAAAUUGAAAAAAAAGAAACUCUUGUUGAUGGAAAUGAUAACGCAAUAGAUUUGUUUCAAGUCUUUUUGUGAUUCAUUGAUUGUAAUAGCAAGACUAAUAGGAUGCGUAAACUGUGAUUGUGUAAAUGUGUUUUGAUAGCGUGCAAUGAAAUCGUUUGUUUUGUUCAUCUCGAAAUAUGUAAAAAAAAAGAAGUAAGUUUUAGUAAAAUAUCAUAGUAUUAAUGAAUGUAGUUCAUAAACAUAUAGGGCGUGAAAAUUACAAGUCAUGAACUCGUUAGGAUGUUAUGUACCAAUAUUUGAAAAGAGAUAAAAUUUUGAAUAAUUAAGUUAUUAUGGAAAUUUGGAAAACUUUUUCAAAAUUAUGACGUUCAGGAUAAUAAAUAUUUUUUGUUUAUUCGUGUUCAUGCAAUAGUAUAGUAAUUCAAUUGGUUUACAUGUACAAAAAUGUGCAUUUUUGUAAACAUGAUAUGUUUUUAUUUAGAAAAUUUUCGUUACGUAGUUGUAGAAUUAUUUUUAUACAUUAUGUACGUUUUACAAAUUUUCUUUCAAGAAACGUUUACAGCCGUUCAUAAAAUUGUGAAGUAAAUCGUGACACUUGAUUUCAAACACUUAACGAUUCAAGAAAUUUAUUUGUAAAAAUCAUUUAUUUUUUACCAAUCUAAACAAUAUUCCAACCACGCUAAAAUGUAUUUACAUCUCAAAUUAAAGAAUUCAUUAACUUAGUGUAAUGAACAUUCUACUAAUGCAUCACACGAGAGUCUAUUUUGAAGUCUGAAAACUGCGCUCAUUGAUUUUUCAUCGCAUAGUUUGAAUUGAUCCCAGUUUUGAUUUUUAUAAGCAAAAACUACUGAUUGUUUGCAAUUAUAUGCACGAUUCAUACGAUGUAUUCAUUAAUUGAACAAAACAACAAUAAAGACUGGUAACUAUAA